AUGAGGUGGUUACUCGCCAGCGGACUGGUCUCGCUUUUUGCGACGACUGUCACAGCUUGGCCCUACGACGAGGCUUAUCUGGAUUACAACCUCAACACAAACAAAGAGGCCAAAAACCCAGCAGAAUAUUCGGGAACAUGGCCUGGCCAUGAGGGGAAAUAUUUUCCCUCCCCGGAUAACUGGCGCUUUCCAUUUUACUCUCUCUUCUUGGAUCGCUUCGUGAAUGGCGAUCCUACCAAUGACAACAUAAACGGUACCACAUUCGAGCAUGAUGUCGAUCAACGCAUUCGCCAUGGUGGUGAUGUGGCUGGUCUUGUUGAUACGCUGGAUUAUCUCCAAGGAAUGGGAAUCAAGGGUAUCUAUGUUACAGGUACCUCAUUGCUGAACCAGCCGUGGACUUCAGACGGAUAUGGAGUUGUGGAUACAACGCUUCUUGACGCGCAUUACGGCACCAUCCAGACCUGGCGAGAUGCCAUCACUGAAAUGCACAAGCGCGGCAUGUAUGUCUUGUUCGACAAUACCAUUGCGACAAUGGCCGAUUUGAUUGGAUUUGAAGGCCAUCUCAACAAGUCGACUCCAUUUUCGGAGAAAGAAUACAAAACAUUAUGGAAGGGCGAACGGCGCUACAAAGACUUUGACAUUGGAGUUGGCGACUACAAUGCGAGUUGUGACUACCCUCGUUUCUGGUUCGAAAAUGGAAUGCCUGUGACUGAAGAAGAGACCUCCGGCUUGGUUGGAUGUUACAACAGCGACUUCGACCAGUACGGUGACAUUGAGGCUUUCGGUGUGUGGCCUGAUUGGAAGCGACAACUGGCCAAGUUCGCCUCCGUUCAAGAUCGUCUCCGCGAAUGGAACCCGAGUGUACGCGAAAGGUUGAUCAGGCACUCCUGCAUGGUGAUCCAGUCUUUGGAUAUUGAUGGUUUCCGUUACGAUAAGGGCACCCAAGCUACUGUGGAUGCCCUCGGAGAUAUGUCCGCAGCCUACCGAGAAUGCGCGCGGGCAGUCGGGAAGGAAAACUUCUUCAUCACUGGCGAAAUCACGGGUGGAAAUGACUUUGGUUCUAUUUACCUCGGAAGGGGUAGGCAGAAGAACCAGUGGCCUUCGUCGUCAAGUGACACAAUAAAAUUGACAAAUGAGUCCUCUCCCCAGUUCUUCUUACGCGAAGCCGGACAUGAAGCCAUCGACAGUGCAGCCUUCCACUAUACUACAUAUCGUGCCUUGACUCGAUUCCUCGGCAUGGACGGGCAACUUUCUGCUGGCUUCGAUGCGCCCGAUGACUGGGUCCAGGGCUGGGACUAUAUGCUGCGAUCAAAUGAUUUGAUUAAUGCUAACACCGGCAAGUUCGACCCUCGACACAUGUAUGGUGCAACGAAUCAAGACGUCUUCCGUUGGCCAGCGAUUGCCAACGGCACCCAUCGACAGUUACUCGGUUCUUUUGUGACUACAUUGCUGCUCCCAGGAAUCCCACUUCUUCUUUGGGGAGAAGAGCAGAACUUCUAUCUAUUAGAUGCCACUGCGGAGAACUACAUUUAUGGGCGACAGCCAAUGUCGCCUCAAACCUCGUGGAAGACCCAUGGCUGCUUCCACUUGACGUCAUCCCAGUACUACAAAUGGCCCGUUGAAGCUGCUAAACACGGCUGCGAGGACGAGGAAGUUGCUUACGAUCAUCGUGACCCUUCGCACCCUGUGCGAAAUAUUCUAAAACAUAUGUACCACUUGCGCGAACAGUACCCAGUUCUCAACGACGGCUAUGCCCUUGGUAAUUUGUCAAAAAGAACCGAUUGGAUUCUCUACCCUGGUUCCAACACAACGGAGACAGAGACCGGAAUGUGGUCUGUUAACAGGGACGUCAAUACCGCUGUGCAAGAUUUGGGAUCUCCUGCCGACAACCAACCUGUCUGGCUUGUUUACCAAAACCUCAAUGACACAAGGAUAUACCACUUCGACUGCAACUCCGCAAACGAGAAUAAAACACUGACGGCUCCAUUUGCAGCCGGCACCACAGUCAAAAAUCUUUUCUACCCGUACGAUGAGAUCAAACUGGAGGAAGGAGUGCGCAAGCUCGGCUUCAAUGGGUCGAAAGAGUUCAAUGGCUGUGUGAAAAGCAUGGAAAUGAAGGCAUACGAGUUCCGUGCAUACGUCCCUCGUUCUGCUUAUAAGUCACCUCGGCCGACAAUCACCAAAUUCACCCCGGGCCAUGAUUUCCCACUGCUUUCUACCGUUAAGCCUAAUCUUCCUGAGGAUGUGAAGAUUGAGCUUUACUUCUCUGAAGAAAUGGUCUGUGACUCGGUGACCAAGGCAAUUACCUUGCAGUCAUCCACAGAGAGUGGGAAGGUUCCAACUAUCAAUGACAAAACUGUCGCCUGCGCAAAGAUCCCUCCAUUGAUCCAAACAAAUUGGACUGCUGAGAUCCCAAGUGUGUGGAAGUGGACAGCAAACCUCACUGGAGUGUACAACGGAGUUCAUAAAGUGACUGUCACCAACGUAACUAACUCCGACAAAUCCUCAUCUACCCACGCUGUUGAUCACUUCCUUUUCCGUAUCGGCCAGUUUGAUAACCCCAUGGUGUUCAAUUCUGCCAACUACUCAAGCAGUUUGCUCCACAAAUACCCGAACAACACCCUUUUCAUCCAGCACCACGCCGCUGGUGCUGACAAAUACCGCUACUCUACCAAUUGGGGGUCGUCAUACUCCGACUGGAAAGAUUAUAGAGGUGGAAAUGACACCAUUGAUAGGCUUGAUUGGUCCGGAACGAAGGACCAGGAGUGGGAUGGUGACCAUUUACGCGUUGAGUACUGGAGUCGUUUCACCGGAAGCAGCGACUACGUGCAGCAAGGUGACGUUGACUGGGAUCACCCAGUCCCACGGCGUUUCCCUCACGCUUACUUCAACGGCCCUUACAACCAGUUUGGAUUCGACGCGGGCCUCGAUAACAGAAUCACGCUUGACACUAAAACCGGAGUCUGGUCCUUCCAUUUCACGUCCGAAUGGCCGGCAGUCGGACAACUGAACAUCUGGGGAAUUAACCCAGACGGAAAGCCCGAUCAAACAUGGGUUUUGGGUGACAUCGACAAUGAUACAGUCCUUGACCGAAGUCCUCCAUCAGCUCUGAGCGCGACCUUGAUCAAUAUCACAGCUGCACCAGCCAAAGGAUAUAUCUCCCACAAGAUCUACCUUGACGAUGCAUCUCUCCGUUUCUGGCUUGACCCGGUUGGAUCUCAGUCCACACAGAUUAUCAUGUUCGUGUUGUUCUGGAUCAUACCCUUCCUUACCGCUGUAGGCUGCGUGUACAUCUUCAUGAAGUCGUUCUACAAGGUCAAAUUCAACCAGGUCGGUGUGAGUGAGAAACAAAGCUUCAUCCCACUGGCACUUUGGAAUAAGGUAAAGGACUCUUCCCGUCGUCGCAGGGAUGCUUCAAACCCAUUGAUGCGCUUGGCCAACAAAUCCGGCUUCAUGCAAAGCACCACCGCUCUGGGCGGAGCUCUUGCGGCCGGCCAGCGACGCAUGGUUCUAAUUGCCACCAUGGAGUACGACAUUGAGGAUUGGGCUAUCAAAAUCAAGAUCGGUGGUCUCGGUGUCAUGGCCCAACUCAUGGGUAAGACUCUAGGUCACCAGGACCUGAUCUGGGUCGUUCCUUGCGUUGGAGGUGUCGAUUACCCAGUGGACCAGCAGGCAGAGCCUAUGGAAGUUACUAUUCUCGGCAGCCCCUACCAGGUUCAAGUCCAGUACCAUGUCUUGAAUAAUAUCACCUACGUCCUACUCGAUGCUCCAGUGUUCCGUCAACAGUCGAAGACCGAACCCUACCCUGCUCGUAUGGAUGAUCUUGACAGUGCGGUGUACUAUUCAGCAUGGAACCAGUGUAUUGCGGAAGCUAUCAAGCGAUUCCCAAUUGACGCCUACCAUAUCAACGAUUACCACGGUUCCCUCGCACCUCUUUACCUGCUACCAAGAACUAUUCCUGCUUGUCUUUCAUUGCACAAUGCGGAGUUCCAAGGUCUUUGGCCUAUGCGUACUAUCAAGGAAAAAGAAGAGGUCUGCUCCGUCUUUAACCUUGACGAAGAGGUCGCUCGUCGUUACGUGCAAUUUGGUGAAGUGUUCAACUUGCUGCACGCCGGCGCAAGUUAUCUCCGCGUUCACCAAAAUGGAUUCGGUGCUGUCGGUGUCUCUAAAAAGUACGGAAAACGGUCUUACGCUCGCUACCCUAUCUUCUGGGGUCUCCACAAGGUCGGCAAUUUGCCUAACCCUGAUCCAUCUGACGUCGGUGAGUGGACAAAGGAACCCACUAAAGAGCAGGAUAUUACUGUGGAUAAGACAUACGAGGCUAGUCGUGGUGAGCUCAAGAGGCAGGCCCAGGAAUGGGCCGGCCUCGACCAGAACCCUGAUGCCGACCUGCUUGUCUUUGUCGGUCGCUGGUCUAUGCAAAAGGGUGUUGAUCUCAUUGCGGACGCAAUGCCUGCUGUUAUUGAAUCUCGUCCUAACGUGCAAUUGAUUUGCAUUGGCCCCGUUAUCGAUCUCUACGGUAAAUUUGCUGCUCUCAAGCUUGACCACAUGAUGAAAAUCUAUCCCGGACGAGUCUUCUCAAAGCCUGAAUUCACAGCACUUCCACCAUUCAUCUUCUCUGGUGCCGAGUUCGCCCUAAUCCCAUCUCGUGACGAGCCCUUCGGUCUGGUCGCCGUGGAGUUCGGUAGAAAGGGUGCAUUAGGUAUCGGAGCCCGUGUUGGUGGUCUUGGUCAAAUGCCAGGUUGGUGGUACAAUGUGGAAUCAAUCUCGACGUCGCAUCUCCUCAUGCAAUUCAAGCUCGCAAUCGAAGCCGCGCUCAAUUCCAAGACAUCCGUUCGUGCGAUGAUGCGUGCCAGAUCUGCGAAACAGCGUUUCCCCGUUGCUCAAUGGGUUGAGGAUCUUGAGAUCCUGCAAUCUACUGCCAUUGCCAUUCAUGAAAAGGUUGCCAAGAACCAGGGUACCAGCACCGCUCGACCUGGCACUUCUUCUGGAAUCAGCAGUCUCAGUGGAGCCAUGUCGUCUUUGACUCACUUGCCGGGUGGACUACCUUCACCUGGCAUGAACUCUCCAUUCACACAUUCCAGGGACAGCAGCUACUCUUUCAAUCAGAUGAACAACCUCGCUCCGCAAAAGAAGAUCAGCUACAGCGCAGAUCCAAGCCCGGACGAUGUAGAGAAACCCAAGUCAGGACUGAGUCGUUCUCUCUCCCUGGGUGUCCGCUCAGGCCCUGGUCACGCUGGGCGUCGUCGCAGAAGAGCUGGAGAGGAUAUUCCAGAAAGUGACGAAAAUGGAGCCACUGAUGUUGAAGGCGAUAGCAGCGACGAGGACACUGCGCAUCAUAUGUAUGAUGACGAUGAAUACACCCUCACCCCGGCUCAAGUCGAGGCAGGACGACGAGCGCAAGCUGCUGCUCAAAAGGACCGUUCUCAAGUUACUACGCCUGCUCUAAGCAGACGCGUCAGUCAAGACUCGUUACAGCCCAGGUUCAUGGUUCCUUUGGAAAGUCCGGGAAGUCCGGGAACACCACCGAGCGCCGAGAGCCUCCUUCUUCCUCCACAGCCAUUUGGCGGGUCGAACCGUUUCAGCAGCGCAUCCGUUCUCUCUCUGGACUCCGUUGUUGGCAACAAGACCGACUUCAAGCUGCAGAAGGUUGAUCCUUUCUUCACGGAUAGCACGGGUGAGUACUACAAGACUUUCGACAAGAAAUUAGAUGCCUUGAACGCAUCCAACUCGGAGUCGCAACUUUGUAUCGAAGAGUUCUUGAUCAAAAGUGAGCAAGAGUGGUUCAACAAGUUCCGAAAUGCCAGACUGGGUCGCAACAAAUCUCCCACGCCAUCUAUUCGCCACUUUUCAAGAAACACCGACACCCCGGAUAAUAUGUACUACAAUGAUGAUAUGGCCUCCAACCAUAAUAGCAACGACGAUAUCCCUCUGCAAGACGAUGAGUUCCUGCUCGGAAAGGACUAUGUCCCUCCUACUGGACUUAAGAAAUGGAUGCAGAUCAAGAUUGGAGAUUGGCCUGUCUACUCCAUCUUCCUCGCUCUCGGACAGAUCAUCGCUGCGAACUCCUACCAGAUCACGCUUCUCACAGGUGAAGUUGGUCAAACCGCGGAGAAGUUGUAUGCAAUUGCCACGAUUUACGCCAUUACCUCCCUAUGCUGGUGGCUCGUGUACCGGUACUUCAAGUCUGUCGUUGUUCUUUCCACUCCGUGGUUCCUGUACGGCUUUGCAUUCCUCAUGAUUGGUUCUGCUCACUUCCAAGGAGAUUACUUCAGUCGUGGAUGGAUCCAAAAUGUGGGAACCGGUUUCUACGCGGCGGCUUCUUCCAGUGGAUCCAUUUUCUUCGCUUCGAACUUCGGUGAUGAAGGUGGUGCUCCAGUUGAAACCUGGAUUUUCCGCGCCUGUGUUAUUCAAGGUAUCCAGCAGGCGUACGUUAUUGCGCUCUGGUACUGGGGUUCCACCAUGACCAAGGCUUCUUCUCAGGGUCUCUUGGACCCUGAGACCAACAUCUCCAAUACCUGGAAAAUGAGUGCGAUCUGUUACCCCAUCGCCAUCUUCCUGUUUGCCGUUGGUGCUCUGUUGGCCAUGGGACUUCCAAACUACUACCGCCAGAAACCCGGCAAGGUUCCCUCCUUCUACAAGUCCCUUUUCCGGAGAAAGAUCGUCUCUUGGAACUUCGUUGCGGUCAUCCUACAGAACUUCUUCCUCAGCGCACCAUACGGUCGCAACUGGAGCUUCCUGUGGGGUUCCACCCACACCCACGCAUGGCAGAUCGUCCUCCUCUGCAUUGUCUUCUUCGGCGUUGUCUGGUGUGUAUUCCUCUUCGUCGUCAGCAAAUUCUCCAAGAAACACAGUUGGUUCCUUCCCGUCUUCGCCUGUGGCCUAGGCGCACCCCGCUUCAUCCAAAUCUGGUGGGGUGUCUCCGGCAUUGGAUACUAUCUCCCCUGGGUUUCGGGAUACACCUCCGGUGCGCUCGUGUCUCGCAGUCUCUGGCUGUGGCUGGGCGUGUUGGAUUCCAUCCAGGGUCUUGGAUUCGGUAUCAUCCUUUUGCAAACUCUCACUCGAGUCCACAUGUGUUUCGCUCUCAUUGCAUCUCAGGUGCUGGGUUCCAUUGCGACUAUCUGUGCUCGAGCUUUCGGUCCUAACAAUACUGGCCCCGGCCCGAUUUCUCCUGACAUGACCAAGGGCGUCCAUGCCUUGGCUAAUGCCUGGUUCUGGGUUGCUUUGGCCUGUCAGUUGUUGAUCUGUGCUGGUUUCUUGCUGUUCUUCCGUAAGGAACAACUCGCCAAACCAUAA